AUGACCUACCGACCAAACCAGAACGAUUUCGACCGCAAGGACCAGAAGAUGCUCGGAAUUGAUGACCCAGGCGACAUCGAUUACAACAAGCUAAACAGAGAGAUGGGUAGCGACGGCGCCAUCGCCGCGAAACCGCAGACCAACACCACCUCCAUCGACGGUAACUACGGUCUCGAUGAAGCCGACUAUGGCUCCGGCGGGAUCAUCCCUGGUGGCUCGACAGGCGAUCAGUUUGGCGGUGUCAGGCUCACUAGCGGGGCGUCGACUGUGGCUACGGACGCGUUCACGGGUGAUAUCGAGGGGGAGCUGACCACCAUGAGGAAUACGGGGCUUGAAGGGUCGACAUACGGUGCGGUGAACGAGGGGAAUGCGGAGAGGAAGGCAGGUAGUCAGGCAGGGUCUGGUUCAUCCGGACCUACAAGAUGAAAGAGUGCGCAUUAGACUUACCUACUGAACCGGACGUGUACCAUGUAGAUAGUGUCAAAUGUAUUCUAGCGG